AAAAGUUAUAAAUAAUAAUAUGUAUAGUGGUAGUGAAGUGAACUCAGUAAGUGUUCUGUGAGUGAACUCUCGGACUAUAAUAAAUCGUGAUCUGUGUAGUGAACUUGAAUUGUACGGAAUAUUGAUAACGUGGUGUGUGUAUACAUAAUAUUAUCUGCUAUCUAGAAAAACAACUUAAUAAGUUGUUUAUCUACAGCUUUCUAUACAGAUUACACUCGCAGUAGACUACAGUAUUUAAACUUAUUUCAGACACAAAUGUCGUGUACAUGAACGUGAUUAGUCCACUAUUUUAUUAUUGAUAACCAAUUAUGUAUAGGCCACUAUCACUUUUGAUUAUAAAUAUAAGUAAACAUAAUGUUGCAUCACAGAUAAAAUACUCUACAGCUAUAUUGCCGAGAUUGUCUUCGGAAAAAUACAAUAUAAAGCGCAAGAGCUUUGGAAAUAUAAAUGAAUCGGAUAUCAAUCACUUUAGGUCCAUCCUCAGUGAAAAUCGCGUAAUCACUGAUGAAUCAGACGUGUUGCCCUAUAAUAUUGAUUGGAUUAAAAAUUGCAGAGGACAGUCGAAGGUUGUUUUGAAACCAAAGACAACAGAUGAGGUGUCUGAAGUGCUUGCAUAUUGCAACAGCAAAAAACUGGCAGUAUGCCCUCAAGGAGGAAAUACCGGUCUAGUUGGCGGAUCGGUUCCGGUAUUCGAUGAAAUCGUUUUAAACUUCAGCUUGAUGAAUAAAGUUAUAAGUCUGGAUGACAUCUCUGGUGCAUUGGUGUGCGAAGCGGGUUGCAUAUUAGAGAACCUAGACAAUUAUGUCCGUCAACACAAUCUAAUAAUGCCCUUGGACCUUGGUGCCAAAGGGUCGUGUCAUAUUGGAGGCAAUGUCAGCACUAAUGCGGGGGGACUGCGACUUUUGAGAUAUGGAAACCUGCAUGGAUCUAUACUGGGUCUAGAAGCCGUUAAAGCGGAUGGUACAGUUAUUGAUUGCCUCCGGACCCUUAAGAAAGAUAACACAGGAUAUCAUUUAAAGCACUUGUUCAUUGGCUCUGAAGGUACUCUUGGAGUAGUCACUAAAGUGGCUGUACACUGUCCGGCAGUUUCUAAAGCCGUGUCACUCGGAUAUUUUGGCGUGAACACAUUUGAAGAUGUAUUACAGCUGUACAGAAACGCGAAGAUUUCAUUGGGCGAGAUACUAUCUGCUUUUGAAAUGGCUGAUAACCGGGCCAUAUGUUCCACCGUAAAGAAUCUGAAACUCACAAAUCCUUUAGAAGACUACCCUUUCUAUGUCCUCAUUGAAACAAGCGGAUGUGAUGAGGAGCACGAUAGUGAAAAACUGAACAGGUUUUUGUCGAAGGAAAUGGAAUCUGGUCAUAUAAUAGAUGGAACUGUUACUUCAGAGCCUGCUAAAAUGAGGACAAUUUGGAACAUUCGAGAAAACAUUGCGGAGGCCGGUUUACACGACGGUUACGUCUUCAAAUACGACGUCUCAAUACCACUCAACAACUAUUACGACAUUGUGUUAUUGCUGCGAAAGAAACUAGAGGGCAAAUAUACUAAUAUUUAUGGAUAUGGACACAUUGGUGAUGGCAACAUUCACAUAAACGUUACCGUGCCAGAAUACUCCAAGGAGGUAUGUGACAUGUUGGAGCCUUACAUAUUCGAGCAAGUCGCCAAGCUGAAGGGAUCUAUCAGCGCUGAACACGGAGUAGGUUUCCGUAAGCCACAGUUCAUACAUUACAGUAAGGAUGAAUCAGCUCUGCGUCUCAUGAAGGAUUUAAAACACCUGAUGGAUCCUAACGGUAUUCUCAAUCCUUAUAAGGUGCUACCAGAUGUGUAAAUACUAUGUACAUCCUAAAGUAUUGCCUAAAAUGUCGUUAACAUUCAUUAAAUUACGUAGACAACUGCACUUACCUAGCAAAUUAAGCUUUUGACAAUACAGAUAUGUACUUCACACUAUAGACUCAUACAUGUCUGGCUUGUGCCGCAUGAAACUUAUACCCUCACACAAAUACUUCAUGGAAUCGUCUGCCGGCUGCCUUAUUUCCGAACCGAUAACCUUUAGGCUGGGCGCCGCUUGCACCCCUUUAUUAGAGGUGAUAAAACGUGUGUCCUGUUAUACUGUUUUUUAGCUAUAACGAGUUUUCACUACACUUUAGCUGUGUUCAUAAUCAUCAUUUCGCCCGGAAGACGUCCACUGGAUGAAUGCCUCCCCCAAAGAUCGGUCCUGCGCUGCCCUCAUCCAACUUAUUCUGGUGAUCUUGACCAGACCGUCGUUCCAUCUUGUGGGGGGCCUAUUAACACCACGUCUUCCGGUACGUGGUCAUCAUUCGAGGACUUUACUGCCCCAACGGCCAUCUGUCCGUCGAGCUAUGUGCCCUGCCCACUGCCACUUCAGUUUCGCAAUCAUUUGGGCUAUGUUGGUGACUUUGGUUCUCCUACGGAUCUUCUCAGUUUAGCGCGAGUAUCUCUGAAAAAGCGAUACGCGACAAAAAAAAACUAAUCAUCGCCAUGAUAGCUGUGUUAUUAAUAAGUAAAGGUAUUCCCAAAAUGAAAACGUUUUGUCGUUAUCUUACCUUUGUCACUACAGAAUAACAUGACAGAGAAGUAAUUUUAUACUUAGAGUAACUUUACAUUGUGUUUAUUAAUAAGACAGCAGUAGUUUAUAACAUUGUGAUGUUGACACUCAAAGAGCUCUUAAUAUUUAGACGCUUUUGUCAUGUUCUUGGUGUGACCCGAUUUAUUCCACCAUUCCAAUCUGUUCCAUUGUGAUGUCAACUGCAAUGGAAAAACGAAGAAAAUGGAAUUUUGUAACGAAAACACGCUAGUCCCAAUAUAAGUCUAGCGAGAGUAGCUUUGAAAAAACGACAAAAAAAACUCAUCAACGCCAUGAUUAGGGAACAUGGCCUUCUCCGGUUUGUUUAAUAGUAGGUAUUCUAAUAAAUUAAUGCAACUUCGAAUAUUUAUUUCAAGAUUUUUAAAAUGUUUAUCUACUUAUAUUUUUUAAAUCAGAAAAAAAUAUUUUUUUAUGAUGUUUAUAAAGUUUAAAGAUAUUGUUAAUGUUAAAUGAUGUGAAAUAAAACAUUGAUUUAUUUAAA